GAGCGAGCCGCCGCCAUUCUGGGGUUCGUUUAGAGGUUCGAAUUUAAUCGGAGGAAACAGCCCGGCCACAAGGAAAAACGAAGCAGCCGUGACAGCAUCAAAAGGAUCCUUCGAAGGGGGGGGAAGCAGCAUCUACCAACCCAACCACUUGUGUCUUCUCUGCCCCAUCGCCCUAUCUUGUUUCCCGCCCCCACUCCCAGCCCAAGCUGCUUGGGACUCAAAUCUGUGGCUGAAGGACCAUCACCACAAAAUCUAUCAAAAAUAAUCAACCACCUUUCCUCCAACUCCCAAGUCCCGUCAAAUCUGCCCAUCCAGCGUCUCCUUUUUGAAUCCACUCAGUUUUUUUUUGUUUCUAAGACCCCUCUCCUUAAGUGGAGGGGGUAAUGAAUCCUGAGUUGGCUUUAUUUUUUAAAAGACUUUUUGAUCCAAUGAGGCCCCCCAAGUAAUUAAGCUUUGGGUCCUGGUUGGCUUUAUUUUUUUUCUCCAAAUUUUAACCCCCCCUGAGCCCGAGGUGCUGACGUCGCAAAAAAAUUGGAUAGUAUUAUCAUCAUGGGCUCGGGACCCAUUGACCCUAAAGAGCUCCUUAAGGGACUAGACAGCUUCCUUGGUAGGGAUGGAGAGGUCAAAAGUGCGGAGGGAAUCGCCAAGAUCUUUAGCCUGAUGAAGGAAGCUCGAAAGAUGGUGAGCCGCUGUACAUACCUGAACAUUCUCCUGCAGACCCGUUCACCAGAUGUACUGGCCAAGUUUAUCCGAGUUGGUGGCUACAAGCUCCUUAAUAACUGGCUGACUUACUCAAAGACAACCAACAACAUACCUCUCUUGCAACAGAUUCUGCUCACCUUGCAGCACCUACCCCUUACUGUGGACCAUCUCAAACAGAACAACACAGCCAAACUUGUGAAGCAAUUGAGCAAGUCAAGUGAAGAUGAAGAACUCCGGAAACUAGCUUCAGUCCUUGUCAGCGAAUGGAUGGCUGUCAUCCGCUCUCAGAGUAGCACCCAGCCCACUGAGAAAGAUAAGAAGAAAAAGAAAGAAGAGGGGAAGGGACGCACAGCUCCUCUUGAACGACCUCUUCCUGAAGUGAAGGCAGAAACGAGAGCUGAGGAGGCACCAGAGAAGAAGAAGGAGAAACCUAAAUCAUUGCGAACCACAGCUCCUAGCCAUGCCAAGUUCCGUUCUACUGGCUUGGAAUUAGAGACACCAUCCCUGGUGCCUGUGAAGAAGAAUGCCAGUACUGUGGUUGUUUCUGACAAGUACAAUCUUAAGCCCAUCCCCCUUAAGCGUCAGAGCUCUGCAGCUACACCUGGUGAUGUGGCUCCACCAGCUGAAAAGAAAUACAAACCACUCAAUACAACACCUAAUGCCACCAAAGAAAUUAAAGUGAAGAUUAUACCCCCACAGCCUAUGGAGGGCCUGGGUUUCCUAGAUGCCCUCAACUCAGCCCCUGUUCCAGGCAUCAAAAUCAAGAAAAAGAAAAAGGUUUUGUCACCCACAGCUACCAAGCCAAGCCCCUUUGAGGGGAAACAAAGCACAGAGCCAAACACAGUCAAACCUUCUUCCCCGGAGCCAGCAGCCCCUGCUGAGGCCAUGGACAUAGAGCGUCCUGGAACCCCUGUCCCUCCCGUUGAAAUUCCAGAGCUUAUGGACACAGCCUCCUUGGACACAGGAGUGCUGGAUGCAAAACCAGUGGAGAGCCCUGGGGAUCCAAGCCAGUUGACAAGGAAGGGCCGGAAGAGAAAGACUGUGACAUGGCCUGAAGAAGGUAAACUGAGAGAAUACUUUUACUUUGAACUGGAUGAGACUGAGCGAGUUAAUGUGAACAAGAUCAAGGAUUUUGGUGAGGCAGCCAAGAGAGAGAUACUGUCCGACCGUCAUGCCUUUGAGACAGCUCGGCGUCUGAGCAAUGACAAUAUGGAAGAGAAGGUGGCGUGGGUAUGCCCCCGGCCCCUGGUCUUACCUUCGCCCCUUGUGUCCCCGGGUGGCAAUAGCCAAGAGCGCUAUGUCCAGGCUGAACGUGUGAAAGGAAUCCUGCAGGAGCUCUUCUUGUCCAAGGAGAGUGUGCCUGACAGUCCCCAUGAGCCUGACCCUGAGUCUUAUGAACCUGUUCCUCCAAAACUCAUUCCUCUGGAUGAGGAAUGUUCCUUAGAUGACAACCCAUAUUCUGAGGCAUUAGAGACUGGUGGACCAGGUGGUUCCCCUGAUGGGACAGGUGGCUCCAAGCUGCCUCCUGUGCUGGCCAACCUUAUGGGAAGUAUGGGUGCUGGAAAGAGCCCCCAGGGCCCAGGAGGAGGUGGCAUCAACGUUCAGGAGAUCCUUACCUCAAUAAUGGGAAGCCCCAACAGUCACCCCUCAGAAGAGCUGUUGAAACAACCAGACUACUCGGAUAAGAUCAAGCAGUUGCUGGUGCCCCAUGGGAUUUUAGGACCUGCCCCAAUGGCUAAUGGUUUUCCCCCUGGAGGCCCAGGGGGCCCCAGUGGCCCCAAAGGCAUGCAGCAUUUCCCCCCCUGGCCCUGGAGGGGCCUAUGGCCAGGUCCCCAUGGAGGUCCUGGUGGUGCAGUGGGUCCCACGACUUUUUGAGGCCCACCCCCCCCUCCCCGUGGGGGUGACCCCUUCUGGGAUGGUCCAGGAGAUCCCAUGCGAGGCGGUCCAAUGGAGGAGGACCCAGGGCCUGGUCCUGGGCCUACCAUCGAGUGCCGAGGAGGUCGAGGCGGGGAACGAACCACCUCCAUUUCGAGGAGGUCCGGGGGAGGCCGCUCUGGGGGAGGACCUCCCAAUGGACGAGGAGGUCCCGGUGGAGGAAGGGUGGAGGUUGGUGGCCACCGUCCCCACGAUGGCCCUGGCCACGGUGGACCCCACGGUCACUCGCCUCACGAUGGCCCUGGCCAUCGAGGCCAUGACCACCGAGGCCCACCCCCACAUGAGCAUCGUGGCCAUGAUGGACCUGGUCAUGGAGGCCACAGAGGACAUGAUCCCCAUGGCCAUGGAGGAGAUAUGUCAAGCCGCCCUGUGUGCCGACAUUUUAUGAUGAAGGGCAGCUGCCGCUACGAAAACAACUGUGCCUUCUACCACCCAGGUGUCAAUGGGCCACCUUUGCCCUAGGGGCUACCCAUCUGUGGUACCCUAUGGACUGCAGCCUCCCUCCCUCCUUGGCCCUGUUGUCCUGUUAUGGCUUCUGUGAGGCCCACCUCCCCCUUUCCCCAGCUGAUGAGCUGGACUCCCUUCCUCACCCCUGUUUGGGGUUUUGGGGAUUUUCUAAUCACUGGUGCGCAUUGUUGUACAUAUUUUCCUCCAGUCAGGGGAGGAGAAAGACUGAUACAGCCUGUACCCCUGGACUGCGGAAGAGGAGACCUAGUGGGCUUUGCCCUGUGAGGGGCAGUUACCUAGCCCUAACCUCCUUCCAGUAUUAUCCUGGACCCUGCAUAUACCUAUGACUGGUUAUCCUGAAGGAAGGGGAAGACCCCUCUACAACCAAGAUAGAAAAGGUGGACCUUUUCUGUCUUUGGUCACCCACAUGAACAAUCCCCUGACAUGGUGUCUAUUGCACUUAUUGUGAAAUCAUCCUAUAACCAAGCAGGUUCAUUCAUUCCUUAUGGGGGUGGGGAUGUGAUGAGGAGUACCCUCUUACUUCAUUGCACUGAGAGGGUUCCCUGUAGGCUAGGUGUGCAUUAUCCAACACACUCUAUGCCCUGCCUUCCUCCCUUCUUUUCCUAUAUAAUAUAUACAUCAGGACCUGUCCUUUGCACUCUGAAUCCUUUUUAACAGUAUGACACUGCAGCCUUGUAUGAGCACCCAGACCAGCUUUAUCAGUCCUUCAUACUUUUGGACAAAAGUCAUCCAUAUUCUUUGAACCCAUUAUUUUUUCAGCUGGUGUAGGUGAGAUCCCUGGUGUCAGUCCCCCCUUUCCUUCUACUAACUGGGAGAUCUGUAAAACACUCUUAAGCAAGACCACUCUGUCAAUAUGUCAGUGAGCCCAAGUCUGACAUAGUCACACUACAUGCACUGCCUUUUGAGAGUUUUUCAGCUCCAGUCCCUCUUACCCUAAACCAUGUCAGUGUGAGGCCUCUCCAGGCCCAACCUCAUCAGUCACUUCUAUAAUUCCCCACCUGGCUCUUUCCAGGGUGGAUCCUGGACAGUAUUGCUGCCCUUUCCCAAUUUUCUCCUUUGUCCCAUCCCAGCGUCAGUUUGUUUCUGUGAAAACGGCAGUGAGUGGAUCGGGGUUUUGUGCAGGGCCCCAGGUUUAGAGCCACAAUGGAUUGAGGAUGAUUAUUUUCUUUUUGUUUUGUAUAUUUUGUACAUUAAUAAUAAACAGUGGAAAGAGAAGCUUA